AUGUCGGUGCUGGAGUGUCUUAAGUGGCACAAUUUUGCUUCGAGUCAGCAGGAGAUUCUGACUACGGACGGCAAAUCUGGCGUCCCAUGCUUUUCUGGAGAGGUCACGAAGCUGGCCGAGUACCAGUUCAGGGUCCGAGUCCGUCAGUCCAUGGAGAAAACCUUGACUGAGGACGAUCUCCGGAAGAGGGGGCCGUUGGGGGUCAGAUUGAUCGAUGGUUUGAAGGGUCCAGCUUUACAAGUUGCUCGAGGGUUGCCAAUUGACAAGCUUUCUGAAGAAGGGGGUCCAUCUUUCCUUUUGAAGAGUUUGCAAUCUGCUUUCCAACCACGGGUGAAACAAGAAGCAAGGGAUCUUUACCAAGUAGGAGCACAGAAUGGAGGCAUGUUGUCUAGGCAGAGCGGUGAAAGCAUGGUGUCUUACGUCUUGCGCAGACGUACCUGGCAUGACAUGAUGACAGAUUUGGAUGCAGGUUUGACGCUGCCAGAUGGAAUUCUGGCAGAACAACUCCUGUCCAACUCAGGUUUGUCUUCGGAUCACCAACUGCUUAUCCGAACUGCUCUUCAAGGUGAUUUGACAUUCACAAAGGUGUCGGAAGAACUCAUUGCCCAGCACAGUCGUCUACAUGAGCGUGAGCACAAGGGCAAGGGCAACCACUUCCGACAAUCUCUGUUCUCAAAAGGCGGCAAAAGUUUUGGCAAGAAGUCCGGAUCUUGGAAGUCCUAUCACGUGGAGGACGACGCUUCUGAAAGUUGGGAGAAUGCAUCACAAAGUCUUGGUGGAUAUGAAGACUAUGAUUUGGGCAGUGCAUACUACACCGCUGAAGAGGCCAGCGUGAAUGAGGCGUACGAAGUUUCUGAGUAUGACAUGGCCUCUGACUCCUUCCAAGCUUUUGAGUCCUAUGCGGCGAUGGUUGAAGUUGGAUUGGAUGAGCAAGAUCAGGAGUCGCUGGAUUUGGCGGCAGAAGUGAUUCAGUCUGAGUCUGAGGCGUACUUCAUGAGGCAGAAGGCAAUGGGCAGUGGUCACAAGGGCUUCUCAGGACAAGGACCACGCAAUUUCCAAGUUCAUGGCAGUUUGAGUUUGGAAGAGAAGAAGGCGAAGUUGCAGGCGGUGAAAAGCCGUACUAUGUGCAAGAGAUGCUGGCAGUAUGGUCAUUGGCAAGAUGAUCCUGUUUGCCCAAAAGGAGGUGGAAAGAAAGGAACUGGCAAAUCAAAGACCUUCUCAUCGGCAUCUACGACAGCGAGCACUCAGGGCAAGGGCAAGAACUUCAAAGGCCAGACAAAGCCCGGUGAGAAGAACCGCACGGUUUACUUCACCAUCAAUGAGUACGAGGGCCAUGGUGCUGCCGAUGGAACUUCUUAUAUGACUCAGAAGGAGAACUACCAGGCAGUGCCACCACCGAGCUCUUUGGAUCCUCCUCAGCCUGCAGAGGAGACCGCUGAUGCGACACUGGACCGCCUGAUUGCAGAGGCGGCCUUCCGCCAACACAUGAGUGCUCCGGUCUUCUUCGACCCGGCUGAGAUUGCAGAUCAACCACAUGUUCAGGUGCCACCACAGCCUCAGCAACAUGACUCUGCUGAGCGGCAUCGACAUUUAGAUCUUUUCCUACAGACAGCCAGCCGUGACCAUCCUGAUUGGGAAGAUGCCAACCGUGAGAGAUGGAAUGAGUUUGUGCCUGGUCAUCCUCUUUUCAGUGCAGAAGAUCAGCAGAACAUCGCAAGGUGGCAAGAGAAGGCUCGUCUGGGUUUGCCAAGGGUUCCUGAUCAAGCCCGGCAAGCACCACUUCAAGAACCAGCGUCAGCGAGCGCUGGGUGCCAGCACAAGAACAUCACUACACAUGGAACAAACUCCAAGUCCCGACAAGUCAAGUGCAAGGAUUGUGGAGUGAUCUUGGAGAAGACAGCGCGCGUGCCCACGGAGAAGAUGCAGACAGAGCACAGAGGUUCUUGUGAACACAAGGACAAGGACUUCAGUGGAACAACAUCCACAACCUGGCAGUGGACAUGCCGAUCUUGCGGCCACAUUGAGAAAGGCAGCAAGCGACCCGGACAAACCGGGAGACAAGCCAGCAGUGCACAGUCUGCUGCAUCGGGUCUGAACCUUCAGGCCACCCCAUCAGGAAGAGGACGUGUUGAUGGAGGACCACGACAGGUCAUGGAACUCAUGCAGACGGUUUUGGAACUUCAAGAAGAUUUGCAGGUGGACAUUGGAGGUGAUCAACUUGACAGGAUCUAUCAACGCUGUCGUCAGUUUGUCUACUCGACAGCCACCAGAGCGGUUGAAGCGAAUCCGGGUGCCCAGGGGUACCCGGUUAACGCGCCCGCUGCUGCCUCGACUGUGGGUACGGGGCACCCUGCCGAAGGUGAGACGCGGCAGGAGAGUCCCUCCACGGCAGCCACUGGUGAUGGAACCCUGUUGAGGUCAGGCAUACACCAAGGAAAGACGUAUGCUUGGGUAUAUCAAAAUGAGACAGCCUACACAAAGAUGCUCAUCUCCAAGAACCAGAACGACCGACUUCGAGAUCCCCAUUUGAUCUCGUAUGCGCUGUAUGCUGAGGACCGGAAGCGACGUGGGGGAACCAACACUGCCUUCAUGUCACAGCUUUUGGAGGAGACUGAGGAAGAAGAUUACAUGUUGGCCGUUUUGGACACGGGUUGCAACAAUACCUGCCAUGGAGACAAAUGGAUGGAGAAAUAUCAGCGUCUCAUUGGCCGAGAAUUGGAGGCAGAGCCAGCAGAUGGACGCUUCAAGGGCGUUGGAGGAAAAGUUGAAGUUGCUUGCAAGAGGAUCAUUCCCAUGCAGAUGCUCACUGUGGACCAAGAGAAGAUCCCUGGAUCCAUAGCGUCGGUGGAACUCCAAUCUUCUGACACUCCACUGCUGCUGAGCAUCCAUGCUCAGAGAACCUUGGGUUUGAUUCUGGAUUUGCAGAACAACACAGCCUACAGCAAGUACCUUGACAAGGAACUCCAACUUCAUGGACACAAUGGCUUGCCAGCAAUACGUCUCCACCCUGGUGAAUUUCAGGUUGGAUCAGUUGCGAUGCAUGUCCAAGAAUCUGAAGGUUCUGAGGAGAAGACACGGCCAAAGGUGAUUGAUUUGGAAGCCAUGGAUGACCACAUCUCCGAAGAAGGAGAAGAAGAGCCAGUUGAGGUCAGUGGAAAAGAGGUGGAGGCUGGAUAUGAGCGUCAUUUGCCAUUAGCAGAGGAGUCCAUCAAAGUUUUGAGCAAAGGACAGAAGAAACAAUUGCAAGAGUCGCUUGAUGAGAUGGAUCAUCAGGACAGCGCACUGUGGAGCACUUUGGCAUCCAAGCCAAGACAGCCGAAAAAGAUGCUGCCAAAAGGGUGUCGCACUUUCUUGAUGGAACUUUUUGCUGGUACUGCCACACUCACACUGAUGGCCGCGCAGAUGGGCCUCCCAGUGUCUGAACCCAUCGACGUUUUGUACGAUGGGAAGUAUGAUUUGCUGAAGCGCGAGAAUCGAGAGAGGAUCAGUUGGCAGAUAGAACAGGAUGAUCCGUAUCUGCUUUCCAUGACUCCAAUUUGUGGACCAUGGAGCUCUUGGCAGUACGUGAAUAUGGCAAGAGGAGGUGAGACUGCAGAGCACAUCUUGGAGCAGAGGAAGCAGUGGUAUCCUGUGAUACGUUGGCUUUGUGACGUUGUGAAGAAAAGAUUGGCAAAAGGGAGAGAAGUGGUCUGGGAAAACCCAUGGGGUUCACUCAUGUGGUAUUUGAGAUGCGUUGAGCAGUUGAUGGAAGCCCAGAUCACCAAUGCCCUGACAUUUGAGCCACUAGAAAUCCUCAGAAUGGAUCAGUGCAUGUAUGGACUGGUUGAUCCGAGGACAGGCAUUCCCCACCGGAAGGCCACUGGCUUGAUGUUGUCGUCACGACACAUGAAGGAGGAACUGUCAGAGCUGUGUGAUGGAAGCCAUAUCCAUCAACCCUUGGAAGGAAACCUCACCAAGCAAGCAGAGCACUGGCCAGAGGAACUAUGCCAUCGAGUACUGAGAGGUGCCAUGCGUGAACUUCAGUCUCAAGCUCUUUCAAUGGCAUUUCCUGUUGAACAAGUAGCUGAAGAACGAGAAGAGGUAGGCUGCCUGGACGCUAUACAUGAUUCCAGAGACCUGGAAGAAUCUCCAAUGAAGAAGCAAAAGAUAGACCAUGAUGAAAUCCAACGUGAAGAGUUCUUUGAGGAGAUGACAGAUGAAGACAAGAUGCUUCACCAGAAGGAGAGAGACCGGAAGGCGAAGUGGCUGAAGCUCAACAAAGAGAAGAGGAUUGCACUGCGGCGUCUUCAUGCCAUGAUGGGUCAUUGCUCAGUAGCCACGAUGACUCGGAUGCUCAAGUCGUCAUUGGCCAGCAAGGUGAAGGAUUCGAAAGAUCAACGGCACUCGAUCUUGAGCAUGAUCGACAUGGCAACUCAUUAUCACAUUGCCGCCAGAGUGGGUCAAGGUGGCACACCUUCCUCACGAGUGUGUGCAGAAGCUCUGAACCAAUGUUGGUUCACUCCUUUUGGCGCUCCAAAGAGAUUUGUAUCAGAUCAAGGAGUACACAACAAGGGAAGAGUUUAUGCCAUGCUCAAAAGACAUGGCGUAGAAGUACGGUCAAUUGGAGCUCAGGCACCAUACCAGUUAGGAACUGCAGAGAGACAUGGCGGCAUCCUCAAGCAGGUGAUGUACAAGGCUAUCCACAGCAGACAGCUUGAGGGAGCAGUCGACAUCUCAGCUCUUUGUGCAGAAGCCAGCCGCACAAAGAACACCCUGGUCAACAAUGGGGGAUACUCUCCCAUACAAUGGGUCCUUGGGUUUACACCCGACGACCUGACCAGCCUCAUCAGUCAUGAUGUUGAAGGAGCUCUAGGAGUUCAUCAAGAGUUGGUUGAAGAAGAAGAACAAGAGACCAGUCAAGAGGUCUUCAUGAGACAGCUUCUCAUCCGUCAAUGCGCCAAAGAGGCAUUCAUACAUGUAGAUACCAGCAUGAAGAUUCGUAAAGCCAUGUUGAGGAGGGCUACUCCUCUGAGAGGGCCAUACAGGACAGGAGACUUGGUUUGCUUUUCUAGGCGAGGAAAGUGGUAUGGACCUGCGCGCGUUUUGGCGCCAGAAGGCAAGUCUUCACUAUGGUUGGUUCACUCAGGAGUCACAGUUUUGGUUUCUGAAACAGCUUGUAGGCCAGCAUCAGGUGAGGAGGUCAUGAAGAAGCAUGCGCUUGAGAUGAGACCGUCUCGGAAGCGCAGACGUGAACUUUUGAGUGACAGCAUGCAGGAGGAAGAUUAUCUUCCCUUCACAGAGGAUGGACAGCAGGCAAGAUCCUUGAGAGCAAGAAUUGAGGUACAAACACCGUUUGUGGAUGUGAAUCAGAAUCCACCAUUGGCACAACUGCCAAAUGCAGCGCCAGGAAUGGCUGCUAUCCCUGGCAAUGUAUCUGAACCAUACUCACCGACUGAAGCUAUCGAUACUCCCAGACUGGAACCUGACGCAGAGAUGCCAAUUGAAGCACCUGCAGUGGCAACGGACUCAGAGAUGCCGGAUGAUGCACCUGGUCCAACGCCACCACCAGGCCUAGAGGAGAUAGCAGAUCAGCCGAGCACGAGUGUUAUGAGCGGCCAGCCGGAGAGUGAAGUGACCCCGGUGAUGUCACAACAGACAUCAGAAGUGACUUCAGAGGAGGAGACCAUUCAGCCAGAUAGGCCAGAAGCGACAACGACACAACUUACCCAAGCUCUUAGGCAAGGAGCAGAUCGCUUAGAUGGUGUUCCUCGUGCGCAUUUGACUGGCCAAGAUGGCAGCAUGAAUUCAAAUGAGAUCAACUAUGUCCAAGACAAGGUAGAUCGAUUUUUGGCGUUUGCAGCGACCAGGCAACAUAGCAAGGUCAAGAAGUAUCAGAAAAAGGCAAAGAAGGCAGGAGCAGGCAGAGAGUUGGUUUAUGAGAAAGAGAGUGAAGAAAUGAAACAGAAACUGACAGAAACAAGACGCAAGGAGUGGGCAAAUUGGACAAAGUAUUCUGAUGGAGUUUGGAUAGAUGAAAAGCAAUUGAAAGAAUUACAGUCCAAGCAGCCAAGCCUAAAAGUCAUCCCAACUCGAUGGGUUGAAGUGGACAAGUCAGAAGUUGGACAGAAGGAACAGUUGAAAUCUAGACUUGUUGUGCGAGGAGAUUUGGAAGAUAGCUCUAGGAUGAGAACCGAUAGUCCAACAUGUUCUUUGACUGCUACAUCUUUGGCACUGGCACUUGCCGCCUGCCGGGACACCGACCUGUGGGGCGGAGACAUUUCAGCGGCAUUUCUUCAAGGAUCCAAACUGAAUCGGAUAUUGGUUUUAGCUCAACCCAAGUCAGGCAUUCCAGACGUUGAACCUGGAAUGUAUUUUCUUGUCAGCUCCACAGUGUAUGGCACGAAGGAUGCUCCACGAGGGUGGUUCAAGAACCUCUAUCAGACCAUGUUACAGUUUGGUUUUCGUCCUAUGCCACAUGAGGCUGCAGCUUUUGUUUUGAAUGGUUCGGAUGGCAGAUUGGAAGGCAUAGCAAUAGUGCAUGUAGAUGAUUUGCUUUGGACUGGAGGACCAGUCAUAGAGAAGACCAUGGAAUCAGUUUGCCAGCACUAUCGUUUUGGAAAGAUUGAGAAGAACCAUUUCAAGUAUUGCGGCCGGGAGAUCAGCAAGGAUGAAAAGGGAAUUCAUGUCACAUGUCCUCAUCUUGUAGAUCGUGUUCGUCCAGUUUAUUUGACUGCAGAUCAGCGAAAGGAUAAGGAUGGAAAGGUGACAGAAGAGGUUCGAGGUCAACUACGUAGCGUUAUUGGUUCACUUGCAUGGUUGGUUAGAGUUUGUCGUCCUGAUUUAGCAUAUGCCAUUAGCAAGAUGCAAGCGGAUGUGCACCAAGCUACAUACAAGGACGUUGUCUUUGCCAACGGCAUUCUCAAUCUGGCUCGGAAGUCAAAACAUGUUGGCAUAACAUACCCACUCAAAGCCUUCAAGUUUGAGGAAGCCAUGAUUGUAGGAGUCAGCGAUGCGAGUUUCUCAAACGAUUUUGACGUCAGUGAAUCUGGAGAAAAGAUGGGUUUUCGAUCGCAAAGCGGAAGAAUUAUUUGUCUUGGUCAUCAAUCAUUUCAACAUGAUCACAAGGGUCAGCUGAUGCUCAUGGAAUGGCAUAGCACAACUAUCAAACGUGUUUGUCGCAGCACUUUGCAAGCAGAAACCAUCAGCUUGUUACAUUGCGCUGAGUUGACUGAACACCUCAGGAUUGUCUUUCAUGGAUUAUGGCACAAACAUGACCAACGUGAUCGCAAAUGGUUGGUAACUGCACAAGACAUGAUUCCUGCUAACUGGUACACUGAUUGCAAGAGUCUUGAACAACAUGUCAAUCAAGCUGGAACUCACGUGGUGACAGACAAGAGACUGGCAAUUGAUUUGUGUGGUUUGAGGCAGCAAGUGUGGCGCCAGGGAGGCGAAGAAGUAGGAGAUCCACUUCUUACCGAUUUUCUUCCAGAGAAUCGCACCACGAAACUGACAUGGAUACCAACUGAGAAAAUGCCUGCCGAUUGUCUAACAAAGGCUAUGAAGCCUGGAGCGCUAUCUUUGAUCAUGAAUGGCCAAGAGAAUGAUUUCACUUCAAUAAAAGAACAUGGGUGUGAAACAUCAGAUGGAAACUUUUCAUGGAAACGGUAUGAAGACUCAAUCAUUCCUUGUGCCAACAUGACCAUCCAUUCUGACCACGCACUGCCGUGGCUCAAGCUACGCAUUUCUCAAGCUACGCAUUUCGAUGUCUAG